AUGCCUGGAAACACAUGCAAACACGCAUGCAUGCACGUGCACUUACAUACAGGCGCACAGAUACAGUUAGAGAGAAAACAUAAAACAAGAAGGACUUUCUUUUUUUUUCUUUUUUCUUUCCUACUCUUUGCAAUGGGCAACUCUGUAAAGUCGCUUAAAAUUUUCACCAAGAAGGACCAGAAGAAGAACUACAAAGCAGUGCAGUCCUGUGAGGAAGGGGGAUCUGGGGGGGCCUAUCUUGAGCCACUAGUAGCCCUGGCCCAGAACGGAGCCAACAUGCACAACGUACUGGGGCCUGCAUGCAUCUUUCUACGCAAGGGCUUCGCUGAGAGCCGGCAGGCUGACCGAGAGUUGAGGCCAGAAGAAAUGGAUGAGUUGCGUGAAGCUUUCAAGGAGUUUGACAAAGACAAAGACGGGUUUAUUGGCUGUAAAGACCUGGGCAACUGCAUGAGGACGAUGGGCUACAUGCCGACAGAGAUGGAGCUCAUAGAACUGAGCCAGCAGAUCAACAUGAACUUGGGAGGACACGUUGACUUUGAGGACUUUGUUGAACUCAUGGGGCCCAAACUUCUGGCUGAAACAGCAGACAUGAUCGGAGUGAAGGAGCUGAGGGAUGCGUUCAAGGAGUUCGACACCAACGGCGACGGCCAGAUCAGCACCGCAGAACUCAGAGAAGCCAUGAAGAAACUUUUAGGACAACAGGUUGGACACAGAGACCUGGAGGAGAUCCUCCGAGACAUUGACCUCAACGGAGACGGACACGUAGACUUUGAAGAAUUCGUGCGGAUGAUGUCUCGAUGAGUCGCUGGCCAAGCGCCAAGA